AAAAAUGGUUUUUCCAUGAAACAAAUGUAAAUAAAUUCAACGUUCAUUGUUUCUGAGUGAUUUUUGAUUUGUGAAAAGUUUUUAUCCGAUUUCCAUUCCGUUUUCGACGCAAAUUUUAUUCUAAGUUUCAACGAAACGCCAAAAUCGAACGAUUUUUUUUUGUUAUUGUGACUGUUGUAACAUCAAAGUUGACAGUGAUUUUUGCUUGUAAGUUUAUUGAAAGGGGAGUUUAAAGUGUAAUAAUCCAACAAAAAUGUUAAGAGGCAGUGCAACAGCAAAGUCAAAUAAACGAAAACCGCAAAACAGAAAUGUUAAAGACAAAGUUCUUGUGGAAAAUCAAAACAAAAGCGAAAAGCAAGUGGUUGCUAACAAAGGCAAUGGUGCUAAGAAACCUCCCAAUAGGAAUGUUAAGAAGGACAAAGUGACAAAAGAAACCAAUGUUAAAGGUCAAAUUCAGCCGGUGGUGGCCGAACAUCAUUCCGAUGAAAAUGUUUCCAUCCACAAGCAACUGCCGCAACCAGAACCACCCAUUAAAAAGAUGGAACGGUCACAUAGUUUCUUCUUAACCCGUAAACUGUCGAAGAUCUACAACACAUUGACCGGGAGUAAGGAAAAUUUGACGAAAAUUCCAGAGAAUGAGAACGAAGAACCGGUUUUUAAGUUUUCGCGCAGUCUUAGCUUGGCAACCAUACCACUGCGGAAGAGCUAUCGUCGUAUUGUUCGAGAGACAAAAUUGGAGAAAUUGCACGAAGAACAUCCCGAGAAGGUAGAUGAACACAAGGAGGAAACUGCUGAGGCUACGAACGAACCAUUGCCGUACAACGAUGAAAAUGCAUCUCCUACGCGAGAACGAAGCAAUUCGUUUCUGUCUCAACUGAAACGAACAUUCAGUUCAUCCAGCGACAAGAAGAAACCGCUGAACCCGAAAUGGAGUGCUUCAUUGGCAAAUCUACAGCAAAUCGAUGUCAUGGUCAGUUAUGAAGACCUAAGUUUCAUCAACUACGACAAAUUCAACACGUACGAAAAGAAUCUUGUCAAGCCCGUCGAAGGCAAUUACUUGCAGCGAGCCGCAAACAAUCGCAUGAGCAUGGACGAACGGAUGUUGAAGAAAUAUUAUCGUCAACAAUCGGAAACUGCACCGAAAAUCACAACGGAGAAUGAAACGGCAAUUCUUGAUGUAGCUGCUGCAACAGCUAAUCCAGUGGUGAGACGUCGAAAGAACAAUCGGGUAGACCAAGUACGGAAGAGUGCGUACCUUGACUCGAAUAUCGAUUCCAAUUUUGACCAAUCGCGAAACGUUUAUCGGAACAGUUUGGACGAAGCGAAACUGAAAUUCCUAAACAAAGUCAAUCGGGACUCUUUUCGGCUGAGCAAUAAUUUCGAAAGAACAGCAGAGGAAGUGUUGAUGUUGGAUAAUUAUUUAAGUGGAAAUGCGGCUGAUGCGCCUGAUACUGUUGAUGGUGUGAAUGACGGUAAUGUGUCAAUAGUUCCGAAAAGAGUGAAAAGUGUCGAUUUUGUUGAAAGUGUUAGAGCCAGUGACAAAAGCGAAAGAUCGUAUGACCGGCACCAUUCCCUGUAUUUGCCACAAAAGAAGAUGACUUAUUCGGAGGAUACGCUAAAAUCAAAAAGUCUGAAUCACUUGGAUACUUUGGAAUCGAAUACAGCGACACAAAAUGUGGAAGGUCUCUCACCUCAAAAAGACGUAUCAAGUUCAAAAUACUUUUGUGUGUACUACGACAUCGAUAACAGUGAUUGCAGAGAAAAAGAGGAAUAUGUAUCAGCAACACCAGGAAUCACUCUUGCCGACGCUCUCGACAGUGCAUUAUUACGUAGAAAUUUAAGCUUCUCGCAAAUAACCAUUUCUGACAAUAAUUUUCCCAGUUCUAUGGAUUUAGGUACACCGCUUGCCGGUGGUGUUAAUAAAGAUACAGACGUUGGAAACUUGGCUGGAAAGUGUUUAAUUGUAACCGAAAAAGAAAACGUUCGGAAAUCGAAUCAUUAUGCACUGCAAAAAGCUGCGUCGUUUGGUGCACGUCAACGACCCGCCAAACUCUUCCAAUCUGCAUCGACCGAAGAAACAACGGAAGCAACCGAAAAUAAGACUGUACCACCAGCGAGUAAGCAACCGACAAAACAGCGUUGGUCUGUUCUAUUUGGCCUAAAAAAUCCGCAACAGAAUCAACUAUGCGAAAUUUUGAAUCGAUACGCGAAAAGCGGUGUACCGCAAAACCACUUUUCCGUCUAUUCAUUCGAACAUAUCGACCUACUGCCAGCCUUGGAUUAUUUGGAAAAUAUCCAUCCGUCCUGGAUGGAAUUUGUGUGCUAUCCGAAUAUGUCCGACAAUGAAAUCAAGAUCCAGUCAGCAAUAUGGGAAUUGGUAACCACUGAAGUGGAUUAUAUACACGCAUUGCAAACGGUAACCGAUUUAUUUCUGGCAUGUCUGGAAGCGAUCCAAGCUGAACACAUUCUGAAUGAUGUCGAUCAAAACAAGCUAUUUUCGAACAUACGUGAUAUUUGCGAAGCAAACAUCAGAUUCUGGACGAUGUACAUGUUCCCGAUGGUCAGACACAGCAUCAACACUGGACAUCCCAUGUGUGUUGAUUAUAUUCAACCGGGUUUUUUAACAUUUGCAACGACGUUUGCACCGUAUAAAAAAUACUGCGCUGAACAGAGUACAUGUCAAUUUUACUGUAAAGAUUUGCACCGAAACAAUGCCCUGUUUCAAGCUUAUUUGGCUUGGUGCGAAGGGCAGAAGUUGUGCAAUAGAUUAAGAUUAGCAGAUAUUUUAGUACGGCCUAUGCAAAGACUGACAAAAUACAGUUUACUAUUGACUGCUAUUAGACGGCAUAUAACGGACGAAAAUGAUGGCGAAAUCAUGGAUGCUAUGAUCCAUUCGGUGGAAAAUUUUGUAUGUAGCGUUAAUUCACAUUUAACCACCCGGCAGGAGAACGAACGACUUAAAGGCAUUAUGGCAAGAAUCGAAUCGUAUGAUGUUGUGGAUUCAAACAACGAACACUUGGAUAAAAUGGCCAAACAAUAUAGCUCAAUGUUUGAUUUGUGUGGUCCGAUGAAAGGUUGUGCGGCGACCCAAGGUAGACACCUAUUUAUGGAAGGAGAUCUCAAGUUCAAAGAUAACAUAAAUAAGGUGGACGUUCAUUGUUUCUUGCUCACAGACAUAUUGUUGGUGUGUAAGACAAUUGCGAAAAAGGGUCUUGGAACGCUAAAGGUAAUUCGUCAACCAUUCAUUACGGACCGACUUGUGAUAAAAGUGAAGGAAAACACUUUAUACUCUGUAUAUUUGAAUGAAUUCAAUGUGGCUGUGACUGCGUUUACACUUCAGUGUCCAGAGGCGAAGAGUUGGCACGAUGCAAUAACUAAAGCGAAACACAUUUACUCCCGACUUAAGCAAGGAUCCUCAUGGGAUGGAUACAACAUAAAAUAUGGAAGCACAACCGAAACACUUGGAGUGAAAAAAUCACCAAUGAACAGUUCGAUGGGUAGCCGUGUCUCCAGUUUAAAUAACAGCCAUAGCGGAUCCGUGGAAUUGACCGAAUCGAAAACGGUGUCCAUCGACUUCGAUAAGGCUAAUUCACUGUCCAGCGACGAGGGAAUGUCCAGCCAUGGUAUGAUCAAUUUGAAAAAAGUCCCGCAAAACAGUCCCACCAAAUUUAAAGGAACAAACACAUUGAAUGUUCAACCAUUACAUCAUUUGGGUCAGAGUUUGCCCAAUUUGAAUUUGAAUCAAAUUACCAUUAGCAACAAUACUCUGCUGGUGCCGGGUACAUCGGGCCAAUCGAACCUAUUGUCGCCGAGUCAUCGUGGCAUUUCGUAUCCGCCACCGUCACCUACGAGGGCAACACUACGACGUGGCUUUGCAUUUUCAUCGUCCAUCAAGAAUCCACCGUUGAUCAAAUCUCGGAACAUAACGUCACAGAAUAGUUUUAGUUCUAUACAGGCACCGUCCCAGACAUCGAAUCCAGCAACACUGUCACCGUCGGUCUCACCACUAACUGUUGGCCCAAUUGUGAACAGCUUCAUCCAACACCAGCAAGCUAACAUUGGCGAUAGUAUUGCUCACAGUACCGAAAGUGACGUUUGACUGGUUCCAGCGAUUUACUUCAUAGCAAUUGUUACGAUCGGCCACGUACAAAGUUUUAUUUUAUUUUAAGCGAUUCGCACUUACCAUCGAAAAGUAAUAAAAACCGAUUGAUGGGAGACGGAACAAAGUGACACUUUUCCUGUUCAACUAAUGGAAAGGAAAGGAUUGGAAAAUCUUCUUUUUUUGUAGAAAAUUAUUGUUACCACCAAUCAAAUCAUUGAUGGAAGGUUAUUUAGAAGAAAAAUGAAAUGGAAUCAAAUUUAACGCUAAACUUAAACAAAAUGAAAACCAUAAAAGCUUUAGAUGAAAAAUGUAGUUGGCAGUCGUAGCGAUCGUAGUACAUUUAACCAGAAACACGAAAUGGGACACAUCAUUUUAUCAUCAGUCUGUAAGCCUUUCCUGUAGAAAAAAAAAAUUGUAUAUAAAAUUAGUGAAGAAAUCUACAAUAAUAUUUUUAAAAUGAGAUUUUACCAACAUGGACAUGGGGGUCAACAUUUGUAAAAUGUUAACGGAAAUAAUUUUGGUUUUUCAAUUGGAAAAAUUAUUUUUAUCAAAGC